UGGGUGCAGGGGAGUUUGGGAGAAGCAGAUGGAUUGAAGGUAUAUUUUAGAGGUAGGAUCUUUGUGCUGGGGAAUUGGAUGUGGAGAGGGAGGGGAAGUGAGGACUUGAUGCUGUAGGGAGGACGGUGGUGCUGUUUCCUGAGCUGAGGGAAGGCUGAAGGAAGAGGUUUGCUGGGGAGAACACAGAGUUGGUUAUGUUGAAGCCUAAGACCCAUCCAAGUGGAGAUGUCAUAGCAUCAUUCUUUUUUAUUUUUAAGGAUCUGGAUGAUGUGUUGGAGAAAGCCAAGAAAGCCAAUGUUAUGGCUCUUGUGGUGGUCGCUGAACAUUCAGGAGAAUUCGAAAAGAUUAUGCGGCUUUCAGAAAGGUAUAACGGGUUUGUCCUGCCAUGCUUGGGUGUUCAUCCAGUUCAAGGACUUUCACCAGAAGAACAAAGAAGUGUCACAUUAAAGGAUUUGGAUGUAGCUUUGCCCAUUAUCGAGAAUUAUAAGGAUCGAUUAUUGGCAAUUGGAGAGGUGGGACUGGAUUUCUCCCCCAGAUUUGCUGGCACUGAUGCACAAAAGGAAGAGCAAAGACAAGUCCUAAUCAGACAGGUCCAGUUAGCCAAAAGACUAAAUUUGCCUUUAAAUGUUCACUCACGUUCAGCUGGAAGACCCACCAUCAGCCUCUUAAAUGAGCAAGGUGCUGACAAAGUGCUGCUCCAUGCAUUUGACGGUCGGCCAUCUGUAGCCAUGGAAGGAGUAAAAGCUGGGUACUUCUUCUCGAUCCCUCCUUCUAUCAUAAGGAGUGGACAGAAGCAGAAACUUGUGAAACAGUUGCCUUUAACCUCCAUUUGCUUGGAAACAGAUUCACCUGCACUAGGACCAGAAAAACAGAGCUCACCUUCCACUGUACCUGGCUCUUCCCUUUGGACCCAUCUUCCAUGCCAGCAAAGAAACGCAGCUUCCCCUGCCCUGGCCUGCAAGACCCUGUCCAGGGAAGAGGCACUGGGUGCUGGUAGCUUCAGCAGCAAUGGCAGGUCACGCCUUCGCCUUUUCUGCGUACCAGGGAUGCCACAGAGGGCCUUCCUGCACCCGCAUUAGUGGCCUUGACUUGGGAACUCACUGCAGACAGCUCUGCAGGGAGGGGAGCGAAAAUGGAGGGAAAUGACUGUCUGCCCAUCUCCCUGUGUCUACUGAGGGAACAGGUGCAUCAACAAAUCCGAGACUCCUGGGAGGGGCAGAGAGGUGUCUGGACUUGCUAUGAUUUCAGGUAGGGUCAGAGUCCAAAAUUGAUAGGUUUGUGACUUUUGAUUUUCUGGUUUUAGCUUGAAGCUUUUAUAAGAUGUAUAGAGGAGGACAAAGUAGAAACACCUAAGGGGGAGGGGGAGGGAGAGCUUCCAGGAGAAGGUGGCAUUUAAAUGAAAGUUAGCUAGGUGAAGGGCGGGUAAGAGAAUAAAGCAGAGAACCCCAAGUAGUUCCAUGAAACUACAGGUGCAUGAGGGAGGAGGCAGAAGAGGACUAGAGAGAAUUAAGAUUUGAAGGUUGCUAAGUGUAUUAUAUAUAACCUGACACUCAUGUACUAUGUGUUUAUUCCCUGAUUCAUCUUAGAGCGAGCCAAAGAAAGGAUGCUGUGUUUGAUAGUCUUUAUGUGGGCAGCUAAGUGUUCAGAGAUAAUUCUCCAUAGGUCUCCCAUUUCUGAGUAUCUCUGGGGCAGAGACACUGACAGCUUUUGUUCCAGAUUAUCUUUAUUUGAGAGAGAGAGAAACAUCAGUUUGUUAUUCCACUUAUUUCUGUAUUCAUUGGUUGAUUCUUGUAUGUGUUCUAACCAGAGAUUAAACCCGAAACCUUGGCAUAUCAGGAUGAUGCUCUAACCCACUGAACUACCAGCCAGGGUCCAGAUGAUCUUUUCAAGGAUGUUUAUAUAGCGAAGGGCCUUGGAAGACAGAUAAUGUCUCCCACUGAAGCAGAGGCAAGUUUCUUCUUUCUACAAUAUAAUAAAGAGCAUCUCUUCCUCCAAUCAAAGGUUGGGUUUCUUAUUUUUUUUUUUAAUUCUCACCUAAGUAUAUUUUUUCCAUUGAUUUUUUU